AUGCCGACAGAUACAACAAACAUCUUAACGAAUGAAACAACAGCAACUAUGCCGACAGAUACAACAAACAUCUUAACGAAUAAAACAACAACUACUGUGCCGACAGUUACAACAAACUUCUUAACGAAUAAAACAACAUCUACUGUGCCGACAGAUAAAACAAACAUCUUAACGAAUGAAACAACAGCAACUAUGCCGACAAAAACAACAUACUUCUUAACUAAUAAAACAACAUCUACUGUGCCGACAGAUAAAACAAACAUCUUAACGAAUGAAACAACAGCAACUAUGCCGACAGAUACAACAAACAUCUUAACGAAUAAAACAACAACUACUGUGCCGACAGUUACAACAUACUUCUUAACUUAUAAAACACCAACUACUGUGCCGACAGUUACAACAAACUUCUUAACGAAUAAAACAACAACUUCAAUGCUGACAAAAACAACAAACUUCUUAACUAAUAAAACAACAACUUCUAUGCCGACAGAUACAACAAACUUCUUACCGAAUAAAACAACAACUACUAUGCCGACAGAUACAACAAACUUCUUAACGAAUAAAACAACAACUACUAUGCCGACAGCUACAACAAGCUUCUUAACGAAUAAAACAACAACUACCAUGCCAACAGAUACAACAAACAUCUUAACGAAUAAAACAACUACUACUAUGCCGACAGAUACAACAAACAUUUUAACGAGUGAAACAACAGCAACUAUGUCGACAGAUACAACAAACUUCUUAACGAAUAAAACAACAACUACUAUGCCGACAGAUACAACAAACAUUUUAACGAGUGAAACAACAGCAACUAUGUCGACAGAUACCACAAACAUCUUACCGAAUGAAACAACUACUACUAUGUCGACAGAUACAACAAACUUCUUAACGAAUAAAACAACAGCUACUAUGACGACAGAAACAACAAACUUCUUAACGAAUAAAUCAACAACUAUUUUGUCGACAGAUACAUCAAACAUCUUAACGAAUAAAUCAACAACUAUUAUGUCGACAGAUACAACAAUUUUCUUAACGAAUAAAACAACAACUACUGUGACGACAGAUACCACAAACUUCUUACCGAAUAAAACAACAACUACUGUGCCGACAGAUACAACAAACAUCUUACCGAAGGGAACAAAAACCACUUUGCCGACAGAUACAACAAUUUUCUUAACGAAUAAAACAACAACAACUUUGACGACAGAUACAACAAACUUCUUAAAGAAGGAAACAACAACUAAUGUGCCGACAGAUACAACAAUUUUCUUAACGAAUAAAACAACAACUACUGUGACGACAGAUACAACAAACAUCUUAGCGAAUAAAACAACAACUACUAUGCUGACAGAAACAACAAACUUCUUAACGAACAAACCAACUACUACUAUGCCGACAGAUACAACAAACAUUUUAACGAGUGAAACAACAGCAACUAUGUCGACAGAUACAACAAACAUCUUAACGAAUAAAACAACAACUACUAUGCCGACAGAUACAACAAACAUUUUAACGAAUGAAACAACAGCAACUAUGUCGACAGAUACAACAAACAUCUUAACGAAUAAAACAACAACUACUAUGCCGACAGAUACAACAAACAUUUUAACGAGUGAAACAACAGCAACUAUGUCGACAGAUACCACAAACAUCUUACCGAAUGAAACAACAACUACUAUGUCGACAGAUGCAACACACUUCUUAACGAAUAAGACAACAACUAUUUUGUCGACAGAUACAACACACUUCUUAACAAAUAAAACAACAACUACUAUGUCGACAGAUGCAACACACUUCUUAACGAAUAAGACAACAACUACAUUGUCGACAGAUACAACACACUUCUUAACAAAUAAAACAACAACUACUGUGCCGACAGAUACAACAGACAUCUUAACAAAUAAAUCAACAACUACUAUGCCGACAUAUACAACAAACUUCUUAACGAAGGAAACAACAACUACUGUGCCAACAGAUACAACAAUUUUCUUAACGAAUAAAACAACAACUACUAUGCCGACAGAUACAACGAACUUCUUAACGAAUAAAACAACAACUACUAUGCCGACAGAUGCAACACACUUUUUAACGCAUAAAACAACAACUACUAUGCCGACAGUUACAACAAACGUCUUAACUAAUAAAACAACAACUUCAAUGCCGACAAAAACAACAUACUUCUUAACUUAUAAAACACCAACUACUGUGCCGACAGUUACAACAAACUUCUUAACGAAUAAAACAACAACUUCAAUGCUGACAAAAACAACAUACUUCUUAACUAAUAAAACAACAACUACUAUGUCGACAGAUACAACAAACUUCUUACCGAAUAAAACAACAACUACUAUGCCGACAGUUACAACAAACUUCUUAAGGAAUAAAACAACAGCAACUAUGCCGACAGACACAACAAACAUCUUAACGAAUAAAACAACAACUACUAUGCCGACAGAUACAACAAACAUCUUAACGAAUAAAACAACAACUACUAUGCCGACAGAUACAACAAACAUCUUAACGAAGGGAACAACAACUACUAUGCCGACAGAUACAACAAACAUCUUAACGAAUAAAACAACAACUACUAUGCCGACAGAUACAACAAACUUCUUAACGAAUAAAACAACAACUACUAUGCCGACAGAUACAACAAACAUCUUAACGAAUAAAACAACAACUACUAUGCCGACAGAUACAACAAACAUCUUAACGAAUAAAACAACAACUACUAUGCCGACAGAUACAACAAACAUCUUAACGAAUAAAACAACAACUACUAUGCCGACAGAUACAACAAACAUCUUAACGAAAAAAACAACAACUACUUUUCCCACUGCAACAACAAACACAACAAGAAAUGAAGUAACAGACAGUACAAAAGACAAAGGAGGCCAUUCAAGAAUAUACCUAUUUAAUCAUAAUACCGAAGACUACACACCACCUCGUCCUAUACAACGAGUAUUACACGUGGUGUCAGAAGUGAAAAUAUCAUUCUACAGGAUAUCCAGAACUCUUGCCUAUAAAAAGACAUGUAACAUUCAUGAGGAAUUAAAGAAAAGUCUAUCACCAGUAUAUCGAGAAGUUAUUGAAGUGAUUAUACCAUCUGAACUUUACAAAGUCUUAGUGGAAAACAACAACAAAAGAUCAAAUGUCAUACCAGAACCCCCUGCUGGCAGUGUUAAUGCAGAUUGGGAACAAUACUUUUCACACUUUCAAGACUGUGCAGAACUUGGCAAGUGGACAACACAAGAGAAGUUGCUCACAUUGGCAGCUUGUUUACGAGGUCAAGCACGAGCUUUCUAUACAACCCUUAUAGGACAUGAUAAGCAUUCUUUCGAUGAUCUUGCACAUGCUUUAGAACAGAGGUUUGGUGCUGCCAGACAACAGACCAGGUAUGUCUCAAAAUUCCAGACAAGACUUACGUUGGUAAGAGAAUCUAUCGCAGCUUUUGGCGAUGAUCUGAGGUUGUUGGCACGAAAAGCUUAUAGUAACCUUGAACCGGCGGCAUUAUGA